AAAAAAAUGUCUGCGCCCAUUAGACAUGAUUUUCCAGCUAGUAAACUAUUAUUUGAAAGAUCAUCGUUCUUAAAGGAGAAAAGUAAACAUGCAAAACACAUUGGGAACCACUAUUUUAAUUAUGCUGUUUCAAUGGUUCUACCUGGUGUGGAGACGGUGCCCAGUGUUAUGACAGAACGUCUUGUUGACGAACAGGCAUUUCUCGUAUGCAAUCUUCCAGCAUGUGCUCUAAUUGAUAAAGAAUUUAUAGAAGCAUUUGUCAAGAAAGGUGAGAUGUACAUGUUGUCACAUGGGACAAACAUUGAUACAGACAAUUGUGUGGCUCUGCUGCCAGAUGGGACUCUUGUGUUAAACCUCACCAAAGACACAUACGAGCAGCUUGGAUUGGAAGGAAGGCCGUCAACAUUCAGCUGCAGACAUGAGAAACCCAGGAAGUGUGGUAAAUAUUUCACAUCACUACUACUGGGAGAGAAACCCAGGAAGUAUGUUGUCCAUGUAGAUAUGAUGGCUGAUUGUUUCACACCAGGAAAGAAGAAUUACGACAGAGUAUUGAGGUGUCUUCGUGACUCUGUCGAUUUACUGUUUGACUUCUUGGUGCUGUGGGUUCCAUCAGGCGACAGAAUCUGCCCCAGCACCAUGGACGUGUAUUUCAGAAACAGAGGUUACUCUGUGAAACCCAUCCCCGCCAAACAGAGAACAAGACGUCUGACCAACAUCGCUGUCCCAAAGAUCAGUAACAAGAUGGCCGCCAUCGACAAACAGACAUAUGAGGAGAUAUUCGAAUUCAUCGGAGCAACAGCUUGUGGUGUUGACUUAUCAGAAGGUGAAGCUGGUAAUUUCAUCACCACUCUGUUGUGUCCGGAACCUGCAGAAUUUUGUCAGGAAUGCUGCUCCUACUCUGCUAGAGGGUUCUUCUCACCAGCCACCAUUGAACACAUGAUUCAUCAAAUGAGGUCUUUAUUGACGACUCACACAAAUAUUCCGUGGGCCUCACUCACCGUCCAUGGUUUCCUCGACUCACCCGUGUCGUGGAGCCACCGGGAACAUGGAUUCCACUCCGAGGGAGACAACUCCUACACGUUUCUUGUGUUUCCUGAUCAACAGUAUUGGCUGUAUUCUGCUUUCGGGUCUAAUGACGUUUGUCAAUAAAUGAU